AUGGACGCAACGGUCGAACCGUUUGGCUCGAACUCACGGGGUGAAUUGGUGCAAAUGAUUACCUUAUAUCCUUCGAACUCAUGCAAUCCAAACAAGGGGCCGAACGUAAAAAUAUGUACCUUGGGUGCAGCUCUAGUGUCGUGCACCAUACCGGGCGGAGCCUCCGAAACAGACAAAUAUCUAUCGGAUGUGCUUUUGGGUUAUGAAACAGUAAAAGAUUAUGAGCAUAACCCACCAUACUUUGGAGUGAUUGUGGGUCGUGUCGCUGGACGUAUACAAAAAGGACGGUUCAAUCCCCCUGGUUCCGAUAAGGAAGGCUUAUCAUAUGUGGUAUGGACCGUCCGUCGUGCUGAUCGUCAUUCAGUCCUGUUGGAACAUAUAUCUCCGGAUGGAGCUGACGGAUUCCCUGGCAAACUGACCGUGCAAGUCGAAUACGAGUUCCGUGAGACCAGCAACGAACAAGAUGUUUUGGAAUUAAGCAUCACCUAUCAUGCUUCUUUAUCAAAUAAUUCGCCAAACCGCGUUUUCUGUCCGGUAAGCCUCACCAAUCACGCCUACUGGAAUUUGGCGGGACACACAACGGGUCGAGAGGGGCUGGCUAGACAUUAUCUCCAAAUCCGGGCUAGUCGAUAUGCGGAACUAAGACCAAAGGAUCUUAUUCCUACCGGACGUAUUUUACCCAUACCAGCAGGUAGCCCGUUAGAUUUCCGUGAACCGCGUGCUCUGGGUUCAGGAUUGAGCAUUGUUGGUGGUCCGGAUGGAACCGGUUACGAUGAUUAUUACGUAUUCGAUCAAGAUCGAAGUCCAUCGGAACCAGCAGUCAUCGUGAACGAGCCGGAAUCGCAUCGCCGUAUGCGAGUCUAUACUGAUCAGCCGGGUAUGCAACUUUACACAGCCUUCUACUUGAAUCCAAAAACUGACCCAAUCGGCAAAGAGGGACAUCGUUACAUGCCUUAUUCUGGGUUUUGCUUAGAAACGGAAGGUUAUCCAGACGCAUGCAAUCAACCUGAUUUUCCGGCAGUGAUACUACAAUCCGGGGGUGCGGCUUACGUUCAACGAACCACGUUCCGCUUUGACUGUAUCUAA